GCUUUUUCCUCUGUAUUACGGUAAGUUUAGUCACUUCACCACAUUAUUGACAUUUGCAGCAGGUCGUUUCUGUUGUGCGCCGUUUUAGUUUAAAUGUCUUUGUUAUGAGCUAGUUAAACAGACGGAAACCACCUCAGAUGAGUGUUUUUGACUUGUUUCGAGGGUUUUUCGGGGUUCCCGGAGGACAGUAUCCCGGCCGAAGGGAGCCAUUCUUUGAAGCCAUGACUCACGAUGAAGACGACGAUGAAGAUGAGGAUGGGUUUUAUUACGAUGGUUUUCGAGGGGAGCAGCAGGACCCUUUUGACAGCGCUUGGAGGUUUGGAUUUAGCGUCGGUCCGGAUGGAAUGAGGAUCCAGGAGCCCCCCAUAUUCGGACAGCUGCUGAAGGAGAUGGAGGAGAUGUUCUCACAGAUGGGGCGCUUUGAUGAGCGCUCAGACCCCGGAUAUUUUGGCGUUCCCAGGAUCACGCGUCCUCCUUCAGGCAGUGAAGGCAGAGGGUCCAGUGGAAAUCCUCUUAGAGAUUUCAUGCUCAAAAGUCCAGACGACCUCAGACCCCAGCAGCCCACACAGCCAAGAGAAGACAUUGGUCCCAUGCCCCCUUUUCAUGGCUGGACACCUUUUUCAAAAUUUAGUGACAUUUUGAGGCCUAGGAUCCCAGAAGAAGAACGCAAAGAAGACAGGGAUCUAGACUCUGCUGUGUCAGCUGGAUGUUUGGAUCAAAUACUUACGCCCCCUGCUGGUCAAACCCCACAACAGCCCAGGACUCACUCUUUCUUCCAGUCUGUCGUUGUCACUAAAGUGGUCAAACCUGACGGGAGUGUAGAGGAAAGGCGCACUGUUAGAGACGGACAGGGGAAUGAGGAGACUACAGUGACACGCUCUGGACCGUACCAUGAAGGAGAACCAAAAGCAGUUACAGAUUUUCCACAGCCCUUUUCAGACAUGAGGGACGACUCCUUAUUCUCCAAGUUUUUUGGUGGAUUCAAAUAAAAAAUCAUUCUGAGCAAAAGUGCAUCAGUCAAUGGAGCCCAAAAAGUGUUAAAAACUAAUUAUAUGAACAUUUGAAAUUAAAAGCUAUGAAGAAAUUGGUUGUCUGUGUGUGUGGGGCUUCUCAGUCUUGAACAUUUUUCAUUGCAGCUACAGUUGGUUAUCUUGAGCUAUGUUUCCCCCCAAAACUGUGUGAUAAAAUGCUUUUAUUUGCCAAAACCUUUGCUGCAGAGAAUUCAGGAUUACUGUGUUAGCUGGUUAGACAUUAUUGUGAACCUGUCAGUCGAAACUCGGGGCAUUUCAAUGACAAUAUUUUCACAUAUAUUUUUGUACAGUCCUGUAGAAAGGUCAGAAUGUGUGUGUAUGUUUGUGUGUGUGUGAAUACGUGAAAUAAAGAUGUUUAAUUUAUUGA